AUGGCGGACUGCGUGACCAUCGGCGGCGGCUCCGUGGCCGUGCGCAGCGUGCGCGACGCCGAGCAGGGCAUCUACGAGUACCUGGAGGAGCAGCACCCGCUGCCGCAGUCCCCGGAGCGCGCGCUAGCGCUGCCCGUGCGGCUGAGCGGCUGGCUGUGGCGCCGCGAGGGGCUGGGCAUCUUCCGGCGCUACCGGCGGCGCUUCUGCGUGUUCAAGGCGCAGCAGGCGGCGCUCUUCGUCUUCUCGGACGACGACACGGUGAACGGCAAGCUGCUGCGGCGCCUGGUGCUCACGCGCGUGACGCUCACGAGCCGCGCCGACCGCAGCUUCGUGGCGCAGGGCUACCUGCAGGACCGCGAGCUGCACAAGAAGGCGUCCGACUCGAUGGCGCGCCGCGCCGGCGGCCGCCUGCUGCCCGGGGACAGCCAGCGCUUCUACAUGCCCGAGGAGGAGCGCUUCAAGGCCGUGUCCGCCAAGGCCUGCAGCGUCUGGACGCACUGCUUCAAGUACCACAUGAAGAGCUACGCGCUGCGGCGGCGGAGGGCGGAGCAGGAGCUGCAACAGGAUCAGGGCCACGAGGCCGAGCAGGAGCAGCAAGAGCAGGAGCUCGAGAUGGAGAUGGACCCGGACUUUGUGUUCGAAGACGCCGCCGCCGGGAAGACGAGCAAGCGUCGGCACUCGCUGCCCGGCAGCAGCUUCCACAGCAUCAGCAGCACGAGCAGUGGGCUGUUCUCCGCCGUGAGGUCGAGGAGCAAGACCAGAGGGAGGCUGGUGCUCAGACGCAGAGACAGCUCGGACGGCAGUGACAGCGACGCGCCCAAGUCGGCGCCGCCUCCAAUUCAAGUGGCGACGGAGAUCUCGCAGAGUCAGGGGCCUGAGGUCAUCGAUGAGGAGGAGAGUCCCAUGUUGCUGUCGGAUCUGCCGUGCAUUUCGUCCGUUUGGGAAGACGAAGAGCUGCUCUCGCAUUGCAUCGACUUCGAUGCGAUAGUCAAGGAGGAGAAGCUGGCUGCUGGCGCUUGUGGAGAGGUGUGGCGUGCUAUGCACCGAUCGCAGGAGGUGGUGGUCAAGAACUUGCGUGAAGAAGUUAUGACGGCUGCGAACUCGCCGGCAUCGUCCAGCGCGAGCGAAGUCAAUGCAACCUACCGCCGGCGCCGCGCCAUUUUGGACUUUGUCGAGGAAAUCCGCAUCAUGUCGCGGCUCGAGCACAACCGAAUCGUGGAGUUCCGUGGCGUGACGAUGAACUCGGGGUACGAUCUGCUGCUGGUGAUGGAGUAUUUGCCGCGUGGGGAUCUUCGGACGUAUCUCAACGCUGUCAAACGCAAGGGAGAUUCUUCUUCAGGGUCGUCUGGAGGCUCCAGUAGUAGUCGUGACCAGUUCCAAAGCAUCUGGACGUGGACGAAGUAUCAAUGGCGCUUGGCCAUUGACAUCAUCGAGGGACUAGUGUACCUACACUCGCUGAACCCGCCGCUCGUUCACGGCGAUCUAAAGUCUGCAAAUGUUCUGUUGCGCAGUAAUUUACGCGCAAAGCUGACGGAUUUCGGUCUCUCACGUUAUCUGCCAUCUGCGGAUGAUGAAGAUGAGGAGGGGUUCGGUGCAUUGGCAGCAGACAGUAACGAAAACACACGUGCAAGUGCCUCCUCGUCCCGAUAUGGCUCACGCGCAUGCGGCACGGGGCGCUGGAUGGCGCCGGAGUUGCUGACAAGUGGUGCGCAAGCUUCUAUGGCGUCGGAUGUGUAUGCGUUUGGAAUCGUUUUGUCGGAGAUUGACACGUGCGAGCUGCCGUUUUACGAGCGUGAGAAGCUGGCUGCGCGAUCGGUUUCCGCUCGGAUAUCUGCCGCCGGAGAGGGCAGCAGCGAAGAUGGCGACGCUCGCUUGGUGAACGAGAGCGCGGUAGUGCACAAGAUCGUGUCCGAGGGCUGGAAGCCUUCCUUCCGUGUGACGUGCCCGGAGGUUAUCAAGAAGCUCGCCCAUGACUGCUUGCUGUCAGACCCGAGUGCGCGCCCCACGUCGCUUGCAGUGGCACAUCGAAUCCGGAAGGCCGCCGCCAAGCGCGAGCGUCCUGAGGCUCUUGCAGCGCAAGCCAAGGCCACCACCUCGCUGCGUAUUCGAUGA